UUCAUCUCUAUUUUUCCGAUCUUCUUCCCGAUCUCCGAUGAACAAUCGCGGCGAUCGUGGUCGUCCUCCACCAGCUGAGGACACAUCUAGUCCGUACUAUCUUCAUCCAAGUGAUAGCCCGGGAGCUAUCCUUGUUCCGCAUCAGCUCAAUGGCUCUAAUUAUCCUUCUUGGAGUCGAUCUUUCACCACUGCUCUCCUUGCCAAAAACAAGCUGGUGUUUGUUGAUGGUUCGAUUUUGCGUCCUGGCCGUGAAGAUCUUCUCUAUCAGCCAUGGAUUCGCUGCAAUAGCAUGAUCUGAAUGAUCGAUUUUCUACCGGUGAUUCUGCUCGGAUCUAUCAGUUGAAACAACAGCUGAUGUCUCUCUCUCAAGGCACCUCUGAUGUCAAUGGUUAUUUUACAAAUCUAAGGAUUGUUUGGGAUGAGUUCAAAAGUACUCAGCCGAUCUCAUGGUGCACCUGUGCUCGUUGUAAUUGUGGUAGCGCUACACGGUGGCAUGAGCAUCAAGAGCAUGACUGCACCAUGCAAUUUCUCAUUGGAUUAAAUCCAUCUUUUUCUCAGAUUCGAUCUCACAUCUUAUCUAUGGUUCCUCUUCCCUCUUUGUCUAAGGUCUUUGCUCU